GUUGCCCUCGCAAUACAACGCCGUCGCCAUGGCAUUCCAAUAUGGCGGCCCACGGACGGCACCCCAUUUUGUCCUCCAUGCCCCUGCAGGUCCUGUUUUAUUUGAACAGCUGGUAUUUUGCUGCCUUCUUUAUAGCUGAAAUUCUGAUGUUUAUCUAUAAAGGAAUAUUGCUGCCAUACCCUCAGGCUAAUCUUAUCCUGGAUAUUGUUCUGUUGCUUCUAUACCUUGGUCUUGAAGCCCUGCGACUAUUUUAUGGCUCGAAGGGAAACCUGUGUGAGCGCUCCCUAAUGAUCAUUGUUAGUGUCGGUGUCUUGGUGCCCUGCACAGUACUAAGUGUCUACUAUCUGCUCCUUCAAACCUUUAUACUGCGUCUUGAAUUUAUCCUUAAUGCUAUCUUACUCUGCUUCUAUGCUCUGGAGCUAGUUCUGGCUCUAAUAACCAUUGCAGUUUUUUCCAGGGCCAGUGUUUAUUAAGGAUGUUUAUGAAGACUAAUUUAUAAAGAAUAUUUGUUAGAAUGAAAACAUCCUUAUUCUUUUGAGGUAUCCAGUUUUCAACAUACAAAUAUUUUAUCAACAUGUGGAUCUACUACAUUUUCAUUAUUUUUUAACAACUGAGAUUAAUAUCAGACGUGUUCAUGUUCACCCUAAAAUUCAAGUGGAAGAAGUACUUUAAUAUUGCAUCACUUUCAUUAUUGCCACAAACCUUUUUUAUUGCUAUUGUUUCCUGCAUUGUCUUUGUUUACUAUUUUGUAUUUGAUUAGAGUUAUUAUUAUUAUUAUUUUGUAUUUUGAUAGUACCACAUGUAUUUU